GCGAUGCUGGUGUGCUACGUGAUCCGCGAUGAAGAAUGCCUGCGGUCCGCGAGGCGGGUGCUUUCCCUUACUCCACACCGGGAGUGGCAGGACUCCGCCGCUGGGGACACGUCACUCAAUUUGUACAUAAAACAAGGCGGCGAGGUGGAAAGCAGAGGGGGAGUGGGGAUGCUUGAGUCCACGUCAUCACCCGUCUCCCCCAUGACGUCAUACUGGCGCGCCCCGGGGCUCGAGAGCCCGACGGGGAUACAUAGCAGUAAAAUAAAGUCCUGCACGAACGAGUAUUCAGCUAUUCCUGAUACGCCGGCCACGAGAAGCGUUGGGCUCACAUAAUAAACUCGUCGCAAAUCAAGCUCACAUGACUUAUAUUUUGAAGGCAAUCGAACCCAGACUGCCGCGCGGACAUAGUCCGUUGCGUUGAGUACAAGGACUCAGUACUCAGCCCGCGAUACGACCACCAUCUCACCACGACACACGCCGUUUGCGACUUAAUCCCUCGCGUGCCUUCCCAGCCCGAAUACAUGGCGCGCGUCUGCCUCGAACUCGGCGUCCUCCCCACUCCCCCCUCUAACCCUCCCGCCCCCCUCCUCACCUGCUCCGUAGACUUCGAACCCUACGACCCCCCCAAAGAAAACUGCGCCAUCUGCGUCCAAUCCAACCCCGACAUAUCCAAGAUCCCCUCUCCCCCCAUAAAAAGCUGCCUCAAAAAAACCAAAAGCAACACCUCCACCACCUCCCUCCCCUCCAUAGAAAUCCCCGAAGAACCCAAACCAAAGUCCGACAUCGAACAAGUGAACCGCGAGUGGAACAAAGCGUACGACUCGCCCGAAACCGACCGAAUGCUCAACAAAAUCUCCAACGACCUGGAUUUUCUCUUAAACCGGACUCAGGAAAGUUCUAAAGUGCUCGACCAAAUCGAGGAGGCCCCCACUUAGGAUUGUUUGUGAUUCUAGUUUAGAUGAAAACAUGGAAACAGGGGUGCAACAUGCCGUUAGAUAAAUAAAUGUAAAUAGACGUUACGGUUUUAUAGUGAAUUGUAUCAGUGAGUUUGAGACUAUUGUUGAGAAUAUGGUCGGAUGCUAUUUACUUAUUUAUUCAGGAAAACUCUUACUCGUACAUGCCUCUCAUCAUCACAAAACGUAAUAAUCAUAAAUCUAUAUCUACAACGAUUUUAAUCACUUUUAUAGACGAUACAAUAUAGAUAGCAUACGACCAUGAUAUAUUUGAC